AUGUUUGGGGACUUGUUCAAUAUGUCACUGUAUGAUUCCUCCCUGCUAAUACAAUCAAUUCCAGGAUUACUUAUAUCGCUGAGUGGCUUGAUCCUCAUGGGAUCCGUACUGAUAGAUGCCACCGAUGAUCCCCGCUUAGCAGGCGUCCCUGUGAUUCUCGAAGCAAACUGCAUUUUGGCAUUCAAGGGCAACAUAGAACUAACAUUUGCGAUGUAUCUUUCGUCGAUGAGUCAAUCUCCUUUGUUCAUAUAUAGGAGGUACUUCAGAUAUGUCUUUGACAACUCUAGCAUGGUUUUGGCACAGUCUGUAGCAAUAGGACUUGUAAUAGGACUAAUAGGGAUGGCAGGAGGCAUUUUAUCAGGAGGAUUGAGCGAAGGACUAGGACUUUCCAUACUUGCAGGUGCACUUGUAUCGUGCAUAUUGACUUCGAUCUUGUUCAUUAUACUGCUUGUAAUAUCUAUAGAGCUGUCAAAAUUUAUGGACAUCAAUCCAGACAAUAUCAUUCUCCCUACCAUAUCAUCUUUUGGAGAUUACACGAAUGUAAGGUCUUUGGUAUACUUUACCAAAUGGUUUAGGGACUCCUCCCCGUCAUCCUGUCUUUCAUACAUUUUCCUCUCAAUCUCCUUGAUGCCUUUGUGUCUCUGCUUUGUACUAGUCAGUAAAAAGAGAAUUCCUCUUCAGCCGGUGGAGGUUCUUCUUGCAACAUAUGGAAUUAGUACUGCUAGUGGAUACGUACUUGAGACAUUUUCCACUAGAUUCCCAGUUCUUGCGCCGUCGUUUCCUGUGUUUGGUGGAAUGUCUGUAUCAAUAGCAUUCAUUUAUCUUCACAGGAUAUUUACAUCGAUCAAUAAUCGGACAAUUCAUAACAGUAGAAAGUCAUAUAUAACAUUGGUAUUAGCUUCCAUACUCAUGUCUCUAUGCUAUCUUGGAAUGGCAGCACUAAUGGGGAUUCUAUACUCACGUGAGUUCUGUGUAUUGUUUAUAAUAUCUUUUGUUUUCCAGGUUACAAUUUUGCUGAGUGGGAUUUCCCUCCUUGUUGAGUAUUUAGAUAAGAAAGAAGAAGACACAGGAGUCUUGGCACUUCCACUUAUUUCAUCGAUUUCUGAUCUUCUUUCUACGGGAUUCCUUAUAACUAUAUGUGUUAUUCUAGACCUGUUUGAUAUAAAGAAUGGUUUUUAA